UGCAGCACACACCUCCUAAGGACCAUGGCUCAGGUAAUCUUCACUGCCCUGGCUUUGCUGGGGAUCUUUCAGAUACCUGAGCUGGAACUUCUACAUGUGGACGUGCACGAGCACAACAUGCAGCAGCUGUUUCUGGCCACGGCUCGGCUGCUGCACAGUAUGGAGCAGGGGAGCCAGGAGCAGAGCUGGGCGGCUGAGGAAGCUCUACACUGUGCUGCCUUGCCACUCUGCGUCUUGGCUGGGCUUCUUGUGGGAACCCUCAUCCUGCUGGCCGGGUUCUGCCUUGGGAAAAGGGAAGGGAAACCAGAGAGAAAGAAGUCAGAAAGCUCCUCAAGUGAGGAGGAGGACAGCGAGGCAGAGGAAGACAGCGACUCUGAUGAGAUGUACAAACUGGGCAGAGUUUGGGCCAGGAGCAACCAGUGGCCGACGUCAUACAUGGUUGCCAAGUGCCAAAUCGUGGAGGAGCUGGUGGAUAACCUUCUCUGGGCCUGCCAAGGUCUCUCCUGCCACGGCUUCACACCUCGGCUGCAGCAGGCCAUCGGGGUGUCCUGGAUCUAUGAAGGAUGGAGCAACCCCAGAGAAAAUCUUCUCUAUCGCCUGCUCGUGCCCAUGAGGCCUCCCCCUGGGCACACCUUCCACCCAGAGACAGAUGACACAGAGAAGAUGUCGGCAAGGAAGUUCUGCCUGCGUGUGGAGCUGGAGUGCACCUGCGUGAGAGAGCAGCUGCUGGGAGACAUGCUGUGCUUUCUCCACCAUACUCGAGAUGAGCUGAGGAGGAAUCAGGAGCCCAGCCUCCUAGACAGCUUCUGUAGGGGCUCCUACCUGCACAGGGAGAAAACUACCCGCUGGUUCCAGCGCCAGGUGCAAGCAGCUUGGUGGCAUCUGCCUCAGUCGUACGACUGCUGCCUGAGAGUGCUGCCCUCCCUCAGCUCCUGCAAGAUCAAACUGACCAUCCCUUCCGUGGACACCUUCUCCAUUGAGAUGAUGCUUGGGGUGCAGCUCAACUCGGACACCUUCCUGAGCUUCAAAUAGGUUGAAGCACGGAAUGGCAUAGCCAAAAAUGGACUUUGGUGUGGUCACCAAGGGCAAGGGGGACAACCUGCCUGUCCCAGACUCUCCUGGGUGCCCGUGCACCAGAACUGAGCAGCAGACACUGCUCAUCAGGCAGUGGGUAUCACUCCAGCACAUUUUCUCCACUGUGGAAUAAGUGGUGGAAUGUCAUAUAUCUGAUUUUUGUUAUGGACUGCCAAUUGUUAGGAACCUGGUUUUCAGAAGAGAAGGACUACGUUCCCCAGAGGAGUUUUUGUUUCCAUUUUCUGUUCAGAGGGAAAGAUAAAACUGCUUGCAAUCCCGAGGCAUCCCUUUUUCCCUUUCUGUUCCUCUGCAGUGUGUGCUUCCUAGCUGUCUCACUUUCAGCAUUAGAGUUAGGCCUUCGUUUUUGGACACACACACAUUUUAUUUGAUUUCUAAGCUUCAAUUCCAAUUGUAUUAUAUUGUGUUACCUUGCAUACUG